AUGGCUACGUCCGCUUCGGCUGAUGUUCCUCAGGAGCUCGCGGCUCCCCAGACGUCGAGCAACACCAGUCCGCGCUUCUCCCCCGAUGAGGUCACCGUCGUGUUUGUCUUGGGUGGUCCUGGAGCCGGCAAGGGCACGCAGUCCGAGAACCUCGUGCGCGACUAUGGCUUCACCCACCUGUCUGCUGGAGAUCUCCUGCGGGCGGAGCAGUAUGGCGACUUGAUCCGCCAUCACAUCCGGGAGGGAACAAUCGUACCGAUGGAAGUCACGGUGGCAUUGCUGUCGAACGCCAUGUCCGACACGCUGGCCAAGGGCACA